AAUUCAUUUAUUUAAACAUGUUUUAAAAACAGCAGCUAGGGUUUUGGCCCUUCUCUGAUUAGCGAGUGUUAGCAGGUAGGCACAGCAGGAGCCGCAGCAGUCUUCCAGCUAAGGAGGGGAAGAAUGUCUCACAGGAAGUUUGAGCACCCAAGGCAUGGCUCCCUUGGAUUUCUUCCAAGGAAGCGAGCUUCCCGUCACAGAGGAAAAGUGAAGGCAUUCCCAAAGGAUGACCCAAGCAAACCUUGCAAGCUCACUGCCUUUUUGGCGUACAAGGCAGGCAUGACACACAUUGUCAGAGAGGUCGAAAAACCCGGAUCUAAGCUUCACAAGAAGGAGACUUGUGAAGCUGUUACAAUCAUUGAAACCCCUCCUAUGGUGAUUGUUGGGGUUGUUGGAUACGUCAAGACACCACGUGGCCUCCGCACCUUGAACACCAUCUGGGCUCAGCAUCUGAGUGAGGAGGUCAAACGUAGGUUCUACAAGCACUGGUGCAAGUCAAAGAAGAAGGCUUUCACCAAGUACUCAAAGCAGUACGAGAGUGAAGAAGGGAAGAAGAAUAUUGAGGCUCAGCUGGAAAAGAUGAAGAGAUAUGCCACUGUUAUUAGGGUCUUGGCCCAUACCCAGAUUAGGAAAAUGAAGGGAUUGAAGCAGAAGAAGGCACACCUAAUGGAGAUCCAAGUCAAUGGUGGAACUAUUGCUGACAAGGUUGAUUUUGCUUACAAGUUCUUUGAGAAGCAAGUCCCUAUUGAUGCUGUUUUCCAGAAGGAUGAAAUGAUUGAUAUCAUUGGUGUCACAAAGGGUAAAGGCUAUGAAGGUGUUGUCACCCGUUGGGGUGUCACACGUCUUCCCCGUAAGACCCACAGAGGUCUGCGUAAGGUUGCUUGUAUUGGUGCCUGGCAUCCUGCUAGAGUCUCCUUUACAGUUGCCAGGGCAGGUCAGAAUGGAUACCACCACCGUACUGAGAUGAACAAGAAGGUUUACAGGAUUGGGAAGGUUGGUGAUGAGACUCACUCUGCCAUAACCGACUAUGACAGGACUGAGAAAGAUAUCACCCCUAUGGGUGGCUUCCCUCACUAUGGUAUUGUGAAGAGUGAUUAUGUGAUGAUAAAAGGAUGCUGUGUUGGACCUAAGAAGAGGGUGGUUACACUUCGCCAGUCUCUGAUUAACCAGACAUCUCGUGUGGCUUUGGAGGAAAUCAAACUCAAGUUCAUAGACACCUCCUCAAAGUUUGGGCACGGACGUUUCCAGACAACACAGGAAAAACAGAAAUUCUAUGGUCGGCUCAAGGCAUAAUUUUGUCAGGAAUUUUUGGGCUAUCAUAUGGUUAGGUUUUGUUAUUCCCUAAGCUUAGUUUAUUUUAUUCUCUAUUCCUUUUUUGAAAUGUAGCAGUUGGAUUUAUUUUGCUUUAUCAAUUUGUGUUGAAUGUUUAAACUGCUGAGGAUUUGGAACUGUAUUUGCGUAAUCUAUGUAACAAUAGAUGACGUCUGUUUGAAAUUGUAGUUUUCCUCACAAAUUUUCCUA